GAGGAAUAGAUAGAUGGACACCCCCCGUUUCUGUGUGUGUGUAUGUGUGAGAUGCAGAUGCAUUGACGACACAAUGCCGCGUGCCGUGCUUUCCUAGCGCCUCGCUCACUUUUGUGCUGCUUGCACCUCUGAGAAACACUCAUCUCUCUCUCUCUUUUCUCUCUCUCUCGCUCACUCACCCUCCCUCCCCUUCUGUCCUCCUCUCUCUCCGUGUCUCUCUCUGUCUCUGAAGGAGUAAUGGAGCGGAUCACCAUGUAGACAGCAGCCGACGGGAAGCAGGUAGAAUGGGAAACCACGUAUGGAGCGUCGCCGGUCUGCAGCCGUGGUGAGCGCAGACGUCCUCAGGACCUCUUGCCGCCUUGCAUAACGCACUGGAGCCUCUCUUCAAUCGCAGACAGCGGACUCAAUCUGUUUUUUUCUUCACCCUCCUCUCUCACCUUCCGCUCUGUCCUGCGUUGCGGGUUUUUUUUUUUAAGACACCUGUUCUCCGGUCGCACCAGGGACUCCUAAUUUCUGCCCGUGUGGCGUUUUUUCCCUUCGUCUUUUCCCUCCGCUUUUAAGAAAAGCUACCGAGCAAUACUCCGCCGCCAUGGGGGACAUGACGAAUAGCGAUUUUUACACCAAGAACCAAAGAAAUGACAGCAACCAUGAAGGGGGAUUUGGCUGCUCGCUCAUGGAGCUGCGCUCGCUCAUGGAGCUCCGAGGAACGGAGGCAGUGGUCAAAAUUCAGGAGGACUAUGGAGGUACUGAGGGACUGUGCCAGCGGCUGAAAACCUCGCCGACGGAGGGUUUGGCAGGGUUGGCCACAGAUCUGGACAAAAGAAAAGACGUCUUCGGGCAAAAUCUUAUACCUCCAAAGAAGCCAAAAACUUUUUUACAGUUAGUAUGGGAAGCAUUACAAGACGUGACCCUCAUCAUCCUGGAAAUUGCAGCCCUGAUCUCUCUGGGUCUGUCCUUCUACCAGCCGCCUGGAGAGGGCAACAGCGACGCCUGUGGAGAAGCAAAGGCGGGUGCGGAGGACGAGGGCGAGUCGGAGGCCGGCUGGAUCGAAGGAGCUGCCAUCCUGCUGUCAGUGGUGUGUGUGGUUCUGGUCACGGCCUUCAACGACUGGAGCAAAGAGAAGCAGUUUAGGGGUUUACAGAGCCGCAUCGAGCAGGAGCAGAAGUUUCAGGUGGUGCGCGGAGGCCAGGUCAUCCAGCUGCCCGUGGCCGAUAUACUGGUCGGAGAUAUUGCACAAAUCAAGUAUGGUGACCUGCUGCCGGCGGACGGGGUGUUGAUACAAGGCAAUGAUCUGAAGAUUGAUGAGAGCUCCUUGACGGGGGAAUCAGACCACGUUCGCAAAGCUGCAGAUAAAGACCCCAUGCUGCUCUCUGGCACACACGUGAUGGAGGGCUCGGGUCGGAUGGUGGUCACUGCGGUCGGUGUGAACUCUCAGUCCGGGAUCAUCUUCACUUUACUGGGCGCUGGAGGAGAAGAGGAGGAGAAAAAAGAGAAGAAAGGUCAGGCUCUAGAGGAUGGCCAUCCGCUGCCAGACUGCUCCCAUCCCUCCUCACACCCCAUCGCAACUAUAGCUACCGAUGGUGCGGCAAGCGCAAAUACACCUGCUAAUACCAGCCUAGUCAAUGGUAAAAUGCAGGAUGGAAAUAUGGAGAACAACCAGACCAAAGUGAAGAAACAGGACGGAGCCGCAGCGAUGGAGAUGCAGCCAUUGAAGAGCGCCGAGGGCGGAGAAACAGAGGAGAAGGAGAAGAAGAAAACAAGCGUCUCCAAGAAAGAGAAGUCCGUCCUGCAGGGGAAACUGACCAAGCUGGCUGUCCAGAUCGGCAAAGCAGGGCUGGUGAUGUCCGCCAUUACAGUCAUCAUCCUGGUGCUUUACUUUGCUAUCGAUACCUUUGUGCGUCAGAAUAGGCCAUGGCUGACCGAGUGCACGCCGAUCUACAUCCAGUAUUUUGUCAAGUUCUUCAUCAUCGGUGUUACAGUGCUGGUGGUGGCGGUUCCUGAAGGCCUGCCGCUCGCCGUCACCAUCUCUCUGGCCUACUCUGUCAAGAAAAUGAUGAAGGACAACAAUUUGGUUCGCCAUCUGGACGCUUGCGAGACCAUGGGCAAUGCCACAGCGAUCUGCUCAGACAAAACCGGGACUUUGACCACCAACCGGAUGACCGCAGUGCAGGUGUAUGUGGCCGAUGUGCAUUACAAGACCAUUCCAGAGCCCACAUCUAUGCCGUCCAAAACCCUGGACAUACUGACCAACGCCAUUUCCCUCAACAGCGCCUACACCUCCAAAAUACUGCCGGCAGAUAAGGAAGGAGGUCUACCCAAACAAGUGGGCAACAAAACGGAGUGCGGCCUUCUGGGAUUGGUCCUGGACCUGAAACGAGACUACCAGACCAUCCGCAAUCAGAUCCCGGAGGAGAAACUCUACAAGGUGUACACGUUUAACUCUGUGCGCAAGUCCAUGAGCACCGUCAUCAAACUCCCCGACGGCAGCUUCAGAAUGUACAGCAAAGGAGCGUCCGAAAUCAUCCUGAAGAAGUGUUCUCGUAUUCUGAGCGAGGUCGGCGAACCCCGUGUCUUCAGGCCGAGGGAUCGGGAUGAGAUGGUAAAGAAAGUGAUCGAGCCCAUGGCCUGCGACGGCCUGCGCACCAUCUGUGUGGGAUACCGAGACUUUCCCAAAGACCCCGAACCCAACUGGGAGGACGAGAACAACAUCCUGACCGACCUCACCGCUAUAUGUGUGGUGGGAAUCGAGGAUCCCGUCAGACCUGAGGUGCCGGACGCCAUCCUGAAAUGCCAGCGUGCAGGAAUCACAGUGCGGAUGGUGACUGGAGACAACAUCAACACCGCCCGAGCCAUCGCCAUCAAGUGCGGCAUCAUCCACCCUGGAGAAGACUUCCUGUGCAUCGACGGCAAAGAGUUCAACAGGAGGAUCCGCAACGAGAAGGGGGAGGUUGAGCAGGAGCGCAUUGAUAAGGUUUGGCCCAAACUGCGAGUGCUUGCCAGAUCCUCACCCACAGACAAACACACGCUGGUCAAAGGCAUUAUCGACAGCACUCUGGUGGACCAGCGGCAGGUCGUGGCUGUAACCGGAGACGGAACCAACGACGGUCCGGCUCUGAAGAAAGCAGAUGUGGGAUUCGCCAUGGGAAUCGCAGGGACGGAUGUGGCCAAAGAAGCGUCUGAUAUCAUCCUGACAGACGACAACUUCUCCAGCAUCGUGAAGGCCGUGAUGUGGGGACGAAACGUUUAUGACUCCAUCUCCAAGUUCCUUCAGUUCCAGUUGACCGUCAAUGUGGUGGCGGUGAUCGUGGCCUUCACCGGAGCCUGCAUUACGCAGGAUUCUCCUCUGAAAGCAGUGCAGAUGUUAUGGGUGAACUUGAUCAUGGACACAUUUGCAUCCCUGGCUCUGGCCACCGAACCGCCCACUGAGUCUCUGCUGAUGAGGAAACCCUAUGGCCGAAACAAACCGCUGAUCUCCAGCACUAUGACCAAGAACAUCCUGGGCCAUGGCGUCUACCAGCUCGUCAUCAUAUUCUCACUGCUGUUUGUGGGCGAGCAGAUCUUUGACAUCGACAGUGGCAGGAACGCUCCGCUGCACUCUCCUCCCUCUGAGCACUACACUAUUAUCUUCAACACCUUCGUCAUGAUGCAGCUCUUCAACGAGAUCAACGCCCGCAAGAUCCACGGCGAGAGGAACGUCUUUGAUGGCAUCUUCAGAAAUCCCAUCUUCUGCUCCAUUGUUGUGGGCACUUUCGCCAUUCAGAUUGUGAUUGUUCAGUUCGGAGGCAAACCCUUCAGCUGUUCUCCUCUGGAUCUGGAGAAGUGGAUGUGGUGUGUGUUCCUGGGGAUGGGAGAGCUGGUCUGGGGACAGGUCAUUUCCACAAUCCCGAACAGCAAGCUGCGGUUCCUGCGAGGCGCCGGACAGCUGACACAGAAGGAUGAAAUGCCUGAGGAGGAGAUGAACGAGGACCAGGAGGAGAUUGACCACGCGGAGCGAGAGCUGCGGAGAGGACAGAUCCUGUGGUUCAGGGGACUCAACAGAAUACAGACGCAGAUCGAGGUAGUGAACACGUUCAAGAGCGGGACGGCCUUUCAGGGGGCUCUGAGGCGCCAGUCCUCCACCACCAGUCAGAAUCAGGAUAUACGUGUCGUGAACGCAUUUCGUAGCUCGCUCUAUGAAGGCUUGGAAAAACCCGAAUCCAGAACCUCCAUCCACAAUUUCAUGACGCAUCCGGAGUUCAGAAUAGAGGACUCCACACCUCACAUUCCUCUUAUAGACGACACCGAUAUUGACGACGAGGCGGCGAGGAAAAACUCCAAUCAGCCGGCGUCUCCCAACAAAAACAACAACGCCAUCGAUAGCGGAAUAAACCUGACCACCGACACCAGUAAAUCAGCCGCUUCCUCCAGUCCCGGGAGUCCGCUUCAUAGUCUGGAGACAUCGCUUUAGCUCGGGAGACCGCUCAAUAAUCCUCUUUAGACUGUACGUUUAAAAGCGCGGCUCUUCAUGUGGAUCGUGCACCGCUGACUGAACGUGCGUGUGUGUUCGCGACACACUCUUUUACUGAACAACGACUCGAAAAAACAAUACAAGAAAAACGGCGCGCAUUUCCUGAGGAAACGACAAACUAUUACGAGUAAUUUAAAUCAGCUAUUAUCGUGGCUCCUGCAUGAAUGUACUGUACAUCAACCGACCCGGGUUCUUAUUUCUCAACUUUUCAUUUAAACAGUUUGAUUUUGGAUUUGAUUUAUGAUUAUUUUGUUGCUGGGACGUUGCUACUUUAAGAGCGUUUUCUCUGAUUCACUGAUCUGUGAGUAUUGUGUGUGUGUGUGCUGCGGGUGUGUGUGUGUGUGCGUGUGGCAUGUAUCUAAGUGUAUAGAUUUAUUUGGUUGUUGAUUAAGGUGUAUCCAGGUCGCAGGGGCUCAACUUGCACAGUAGAUUUGCACCUGUCAGGGGGGGAAAAGAGAAAUCCAUGGAAAUUAUAGAAUUUAUUAAGCGUACAUAUAUAUUUAUAGACAUGUUAUAAAUAUAUAUUUACAGAGUUUAUCUUUAUUUGUCGGCAUGUUGCCUUGUUCUGCUUCAAUAACUACUUUUAACUUAUUUAUGUCCUAAAGAGAAUGUAAUUUGUUUACAAACCUGUAGAUAAUAGCGUCCUGGUUCAUUUGUAGGGUUGAAAACCACGCAGCAGACGUACGUAGUGUGAACAGCUCAUGCUGUUCCUGUAAUAUCGGACUCUAGGUGUUUUAUUACCAGCCGUGCGCUGGACUUGCCUGCUAUUUUUGUCAAAUGCUGUAGAUAUUUUUAGAGGAUUACGAAAGAAACCAAAAUUUAGUGGGAUAUAUCAAUAACGUGGCAUCGUAGUAUUAAACGCCUGUCGGGAAAUCCAACGGUUUUGUGGUCGGCCUCAAACGUGAGCAGAGAUAUAUACAUGUGUAUAUAUAUCUCGGGUUGGGUUUUAAUAUCUUCUUUAGAAGUACAUAUUACUUAAAAUAGUUUCAGUUCAGAAGCUGCGAUGGCUUUAAUGUCGCAAACAUGUAAAUUAAGUUAUAUUUGGCAUCUCUGUAUGGAAAAUCAAAAUUGUGUUCAAAUAUUGUGAUCUAUUGUGUUGAUUCUUCUUUUUUUGGACGUUUAUUUUUGCCAUUUUCUUUUGGUUGAAGGAAAUGAGCCCAGCUCCGGAGCUGACGACACACUUUUGGACAUCUGAUUCAUGUAAUGCAUCGAAACAAAACCAAGAAGGAAUGUUGCUGUUGACUCUUUUCUUAAAAAAAAUGAGAAAAAAAAUCAGAAAAACCCAAACCGAAAAAAGAAAAGUGUAUAUAAAUAUAUAUAUAUAUACAGUACAUAUAUAUAUUUACACACACACACACACACACACAAAUUUAUGAUCCUUUUCUGCACUAUCCGGAUAUGAAUGAAUCUCUGUGGUGUAAAUUUAGAUGUGCUUCUGUGUUCAAAUCAAGCUUGUCUUCCUGCGGUCAGUAAAUAUACUCUUAGCAUCUCAGCAGUAUUCACUAGUCGUUAACUAUUUAUCGUACUCUCGAAGCGAAAGGACAAACCGGGGUCUGUCAGAAGGCACGCUGAUAAUCUCGCCCAUGUGUUCAUCGGUAUUCUUUAGCAAUUGGAAAAGGCAUGAUGUCAUACACUUAAUAUGCAACUCAUUUUUAAUUCAAUUUCCACUUUUUUUUUCCUCGUCAAGAUAAGGUGCACAAGCUUUAACUGUUAGCUCAGGCAUACUCCAUGAGAGACAUAUAUUCAGAAUCUGAGAUGGUGUGUUUUUCUUUAAUCUAAUACCCUUUAUUGCUUUUAAAGGGAUACUGAUAGAUCUCUCUCAUCAUUUUGGGGUGAAGGAUCCCUUUAUAAAGCUUCAUUCGCAAUCAUUCUCACAGUAAAGCAGAAGAAGUUAGUGUGAAACGUGCGGUAAAUCCAGACCUGAUCUUUCACCACUUGGGUUUCGUUCAGUUUAGUUCUGUGCCCUGUGUUGACGGGACGAAUAACGGAUGCAGUUUAAAACCAAUAAAUCGACAGGAUGACAGCGUUCUAAUAAUCACUAAUAAUAAUAAUAAUAAUAAUAUUUCUUGCAAUACAUCAGCUUCUAUGUACUGUACUUAGCAGCAUGCGUUUUUGUGGAACAAAGAGCAUACGACGCCACAGGUACUUUUGGCGCACUAGCAAUUUAUGGGUAAAUGAAAAAAGUGUUCAUCCAUCUUGUUUUUAUGAAUUUUAUAAUAAUCUAUACAAUAAUUGUAAAUAAAAAACUCAAUGUCUUUGUUCAUUUAAUACUAUGCAAAAAGUCGAGCUUUUUUCUGAUUGUUUCUCAUCUACCCUAGAGUGUGUUGCUGGAAUGUUUGUGGUCUCAAAGUCAGUGAAACCAAGAAGAAGACAAAAAAAUACAGUAAUAAUAAUAAUAAUUGUGAUGUAAAUGAUUUUUCUAGCCUGAGAACAUGAACUGACUCUUGUUGCUUGACUGUCCGCACCACCAUUCCAGACAGGAGCGCAAGUGAAAUGAACGAAAAACAAGAAAAAAAAAACAAAACAAGCACUUAAUAAAUUCCCCGAGGAGCAUGAACCAGUGUGUCCGUGAGCCGUGUGUGUGAUGUUUCGUCUGUUUUUCGGCCACAGAUAAGGAGCUUCAGUAUGUUGUGGUUCAUUUCUUGCUUAUAUAAGCAACAACUGUAUCCUGUAUUUUGUGAACUGCCACUUACUUAAAGAAAUAGUUCACCCAAAAUAGUGUGUAUGCACAGCUAGUGCUUUUUCCCCUACCGAUAAAACGGAAUUUUAUACAGUUGCUUUUACAGCAUGGAUGUUGUAAUGUGAUUCAAGUAUAAUCAGUUAAAUAGACUGAAGCAUUCAAUUAGUUGUUCAAGUGUUGAACGGGAUGGAAAUCUGUUUAAACGCAAGCGCCGUCAGGAUCAGCAGGCGAGCACUGAAACUCCAUUGAACAAACUAGUCAAAUAAAUGUUCAUAUUUUAAAGACA